AUGAAAGCUUUCAACUACAUCUGGUUCUUGGCCGCCGGCCUUCUGGCUCGGGCCCAACCUGACGAAUCCCCAAUCGAGGGAUACGCCAUUGAGGAGUUCUCCUGGGAAGUCGAGACAACACCCGGCGGCCCGACCGUCGUCCUGAACGGCACAGUCGAACAAGUCCUCUCUGAGCUGCGCAACAUCAACCCCAACUAUGACACCGAGUUCGCCAUCCCCGCCGAUGAAACCGAACAGCCUGCCGAGGAAGAAGACUCUUCCUCUCACCUGACCAAGCGCGGUGAUGUUAAAUGCGGGCAUUUCCCCGCUGCUACACAGGCCGAUAUUGAUAAGGGCAUCAAGUACUUGAGGGGAGUUCCUGGCAAGCCCCAAAGAGGACCCGGCCCCGGCAGCUGCGGCCAGGUCAGCUGCUCUUGGUCUUCGGCCAUUUGGUGGUGUAAUGAUAACACCUUCACCAAGGUGCUGCCCAGCUUCAACAAUAUUGCAGAUGGGGCACAGCUUAUCAAGAAUACUUGUCUCCAUGGUGGUCAGACCUUUUCGGGUCAGGAUUUCCAUAAUGAUAAGUGGAAUACUAUUGUCCGUUGGCACAAGUGCUAG